AAAAACAAUCAAAAAUAUACUAUAGUCUCUAGGUUCAGAUGAUAUAGCAAUAUCAACACAUUCUUCUACCAACUCGAAAGCAAUUGCAUGUGGCACAGGAACCACUGACUCGCUGCGUUUUUCUAUUAUCAAGACACCCGCUAGUAACUCUGAACUGGUUAGGACAGCACAUGAGGUCUCUUAAAUAUAGUUGUUGACAAGUCAGUAGACAUGGAGGAUGGGAAGCCUGAUCUGCUGCUGGUCAAAGAGGAGGCAAUAGAAGAUGGACCAGAGAGCAUUGAUCUGCUGAGUGGACUAAAGAUGGGGGAGCAAGGUGGUUGGCAGGAGGCUAACAGAGGAGACUGGGUGGCCAUCUUGGAUUCCCAGACCCAGACAGGUGCAGCCAAGGCUCUAGGGAACAACAUCACUGAGCAGGCCAGGACUAGAGGUGGCAUAGUGGAGGUCAGUGGAUGGGACAGCAUCCUCAACUCUGGGCUGGGGAACAACACUGUUAACCACAACCAGAAACAGACAGUGGAACACAAAACAACUGAACAUAGUCUCCAUGACAACAGAAGGGCUGAGACUAGGGCGAGGCAUAGAUUUGGUCUGCAGGUACGAGGUGGUGUCAGUAUGGGAACAGACACUGACUCGGCUAGCGAUGCUCCGUCCUGCUCCUAUAGUUGUGAUUCAGAGAGACUGAUGACGCCUCAGGUUAACCCCCUAACAGGUGCUGCCUUCAGCCUGCCUUCUAUAGGAUCUAUCAACUGGAAUAUGGACCCUGCGACAACACAGACACUCCCUGGCCUUCGUCCUCCUCACACUCUCCUGUUAAACCAGACCUCAGACAAUGCCAGUGCCUCAACACUAAAUGGGUACACAAGCCCAUUGACAAAUGACAGUAGUAGCAAUGCUAUCAGUAGAUCUGGUGGCAAAGAGAAGCGCUUCCCGUGUUCGUUCUGUGGGAAAGCCUUCAGUUUCCGCAAACAGGUGGAGAUCCACCAGAGGAUGCACACAGGGGAGAAACCAUUCGGCUGCCACCUUUGUCGGGCCAGUUUUUCACAAUCAUUCAGCCUGAAGAGGCACCAGAGAGUCCACACAGGGGAGAAACCCUACAGCUGUCCCCAGUGUGAGAAGAGGUUCUCCCACCAGCACCAUUUGAAGGUGCACCUGAAGAUCCACACGGGAGAGAGGCCAUUCGCCUGUACGCACUGCGGGAAGAGCUUCUCAGAGAGGAGAUAUCUCAGGAUACACCAGCAGCAAAUGCACAUAGCCCAUGUAUAGAGUACAGUGACAUGUAUGUAGUACUAGUUAGUUUGUUUGUUUAGUUAAUUCUGUUGGUUUUGGAUGUAGUAGGGAACUGGAUGAGGUGAACUGAGGAAAUAAUGAGUAUAAUGUGUGAUGGUGUCUGUAAAAAUGUUUCACUGAUUAAGACUAACAAUUUUGUCCUGUUUUGAAAUGGGGAAAUUAUUUGUCCUUACGUUUACUUGACAUGAAGAAGUGAAGCUGUGUGUAAUGUUGAACUUUUUCCAAAGCAUUCUAAAAUGUAUUUCAUCAAAGCGAGGUUUCCAGAUUUACAGAAAAGGUACUGUUCACUUUUCUCACUAUGGUUUCUACUUGUCACGUAUCAUUUUUUACAAUAAAAGUACUGAACUUCA